GAGCGGUGUGGGAAACCAGCUCGGCUACGCCAAUCACAGCGAAGCAACAGCCUAGCCUGCCAGGGCGGGGGAGUCGGAUGUCUGUAACGUUACAUUUCUGCAAACGUCCUCCCGCUUUCGUGUCUCUGCGUUUUUUUUUUUUAUUUUAACAGCAACCAGAAAGGGACCGCGCUUCUUCGGCUGCCCCUAUACGUAUAACAUCUCUCCCUGCAGCAGGUUCUACCCUUCAUUAAAGGAAGAACACCUCUCUUUUUUUUUUUCUUAUGUGUGGUGACCGAAACCACUACGGAUCCUCAGACGGCCUCGGCAAUUGCUCCCUCCGUCUUUAACCAAUCGUCGAUUUGGGAAUCCGCUGGAACCCCGCCUUCAUGGCGAAUGACGUCUCCUAGCACCAACCCGGGCCGGAACGUUUACCGCACAAGGGCGUGGCUCUAACGGGAAACGACACCCACGCCAGCCAAUCCGCGGCGCCGGCCUGCAGACGGUGGCCAAUGAGGUCGGGCGUGAGGCGGGACUUUCAAAGCUCGCGGUGUUCUGUUGAAUUCCAUUGCCGACCAUUAAAAAGAAUCGGGAGAGUGGAAGUGGAAGAGCGAGAGCGGACGAGACAGACAGACUGGAGAAUAUUUAAAGAGACAGAGAGAUUAAUUUAAAAAAAACGGAUUAAUUCGGAAGUCCCAGUUACCACGGAUUUCGGCUGGCUGCCCCUUUAAAUCGGAAAACCUUUCUGGAUAUUUCUUUCCGAAACGCUCUACCUAUCUAAAACAAAAAACAAUAAAUUGAAUGUUGUUUCUGUCAUGAGUCCGGCCGGGUGCUCCCAUGUGAACAGUUUUAAGGUGGAGAAUUGGAAACAGAAUCUACGACUCAUAUACCAGUGCUUUGUGUGGAGCGGGACUGCAGAAACCAGGAAACGAAAGGUGCUUCAGAAAGAUGCUGGAUGGACACCCCUGGCCAAAUCUUGCAUCUGUCACAUGUGUGGCGCCCACCUCAACAGACUCCAUUCCUGCCUCUACUGUGUCUUCUUCGGCUGCUUCACAAAGAAACACAUUCACGAACAUGCAAAAAACAAGCGUCACAACCUAGCAAUUGACCUAUUAUACGGUGGUAUAUAUUGUUUUAUGUGUCAAGACUACAUAUAUGAUAAAGACAUGGAACAGAUUGCCAAAGAAGAACAAAGAAAGGCCUGGAAAUUACAAGGUGUGGGCGAGAAGUACUCAACGUGGGAACCAACCAAGAGGGAGCUGGAAUUACUACGGCAUAACCCCAAACGUCGGAAAAUAACUACAAACUGCACCAUCGGUCUACGGGGCUUAAUAAACCUAGGGAACACAUGCUUUAUGAACUGUAUUGUCCAGGCACUUACCCACACCCCCCUUCUACGAGAUUUUUUCCUCUCAGACCGACACAAAUGCGAAAUGCAAUCCAACUCCUGUCUGGUUUGUGAAAUGUCCCAGCUUUUUCAGGAGGUGAGUUGUGACGACAACGGGAAAAAGGCCAACAACCCCAACCACUGCAACUGCAUCAUUGACCAAAUCUUCACUGGUGGACUGCAGUCUGACGUCACCUGUCAAGUCUGCCAUGGUGUGUCCACAACUAUAGACCCCUUCUGGGAUAUCAGUCUGGACCUCCCGGGUUCCUCGGCACCGUUCUGGCCGCUGAGCCCAGGCAGCGACGGCGGCGUGGUGAACGGAGAGAGCCAUCUAUCGGGAGCCACGACGCUAACGGACUGUCUACGAAGGUUUACAAGGCCAGAGCAUCUCGGAAGUAGUGCCAAAAUCAAAUGUAGUGGUUGCCAUAGUUACCAGGAAUCCACAAAACAGCUCACGAUGAAAAAGCUUCCCAUAGUGGCCUGUUUUCAUCUCAAACGUUUCGAGCACUCUGCAAAGCUCCGGCGAAAGAUCACUACAUACGUUUCCUUUCCUCUGGAGCUGGAUAUGACCCCGUUCAUGGCUUCCAGUAAAGAAAGCAGAAUGAAUGGACAGUAUCAGCAACCAGUUGACAGUUUAAACAAUGACAAUAAGUAUUCCUUGUUUGCAGUGGUCAAUCAUCAGGGAACACUGGAGAGCGGGCACUAUACCAGCUUCAUCCGGCAGCACAAGGACCAGUGGUUUAAAUGUGACGAUGCAAUCAUCACCAAGGCCAGCAUCAAGGAUGUGCUAGAUAGUGAAGGGUAUCUCUUAUUUUAUCACAAACAGUUCCUCGAGUACGAGUAGCCUUAUCUGAGCAAGCGAAAGCCUUCAAAGUGACACACAAACCUACCUGAAUCUCUUGUUAAAAGAAAAACAAAAACAAAAAGCAAAACUUUUCUGAAGUCAGCACUGAGCUACCAGUAUCUACUUGACACCGGGCGUUGGUCGGAGGAGUGAGGGGAUCGGGACCGCUGGAGCCUGGAGGAGAACCUCACGGGCCAGAACAAGGCUCUUGCCAUUUUGCACGAGGAGAUGAAACAGUAACCCUCACUUUCACUCACCCGUUCCUCUGUG